AUGACUGAAGCAUACACUUCAUUAGAAAACACGAUCAAAUACUACAACUACGACUCCCACAUUCCUUUCAAUUUUAAUUUUAUCAUGAAUGUGACUGCUGCCUCGAAUGCUACUACGUUUAAAAGAAUAAUCGAAGAGUGGAUGAAGGCGAUGCCCAAAGACAGUGUCGCUAACUGGGUGAUGGGCAAUCAUGAUCGCAAUCGUACUGCUUCGCGUUUCCCCGGAAGGGCCGAUCAAAUGACGAUGUUAGCCAUGAUACUGCCAGGCGUGGCAGUGACAUACUACGGCGAAGAAAUUGGGAUGGUUGAUAAGAUGGACAUAUCUUGGACAGAUACACAGGAUCCUCAAGCGUGUAACGCGGGCAAAGACAAGUACAAAAGUCGGUCUCGCGAUCCCGUUCGCACACCAUAUCAAUGGAAUUUUUCCACAAAUGCAGGUUUCAGUAAAGCGGCUAAAACUUGGUUACCAGUUCACGACAAUUUUAUCAAUGUAAAUUUAUUACUACAAAAAAAUAUUGAUGACUCUCACUAUCAUGUUUAUCGCGCUCUGACGCAGCUACGUAAUACAUCGAACGCACUCAAACUUGGAUCAUUGACUACUAAUGUCAUAAAUAAUACCGUUUUGUAUGUUCUACGUAAAACGAGCGAAGAAGCUGUGACAUUAUUAAUAAACUUCUCAGACAAAGAGAAACAAGUGAUUGAUUUAACGGAAGUCUUAACGGGAUUCAAGAACGGUAAAGUUAAAAUAGCGAGUGUAGGUUCCGGAAUAAAGCAAAACCAAGAUGUUGAGCUAAACAAAGUUAGUAUCCCACCGGCAGGUUCAGUAGUCUUUCUAGCUAACUCUAAAGCUCCACCAAAUUCUAUAGUUCCUGAUUUCGAAGGAUUGGCGGUGUGGACGCAGGCCAGCAGAGGGUCGGCGGAGGAUCAACGAAGGAUCGGCGGAGGAACUGUCGAAAAUCAGCCAGCGUUUCACCCAUAUACCCGUAAAUGCGGCUUUCUCGGGCUAUGA